AUGCCGACGACUCAGGCGUACAUUGGGCCGGCCGUGUGGGUCGACGGGACAGACGGGCCCGCGGAGGAGCUGCACAGCCUCGCGAAGAAGAUCCAGGACAGGCACCUCGGCGCAAUUCAGACGGACACGGGCAACUCGAAAGAGAAGGGCGGCGGGCAGCAGAGCACGCUGCUGCAGGUGUUCGAGGCGCGCCUGCGACAGCUGGACGCCAUGAUUGAUGCAGUGGCCGCAGCGGAGACCAGGCUGCGCUCCGCAGCGACAGCGGUGCACGCCGCCGCGAAGAAGGACGUCGUGCAUGUGCCCGGCGGAGCGCCCGGGCUGCUGCGGGGGACGGGUGCCGGGGCGUAG